UUCGUAUCUUCCGAUUCGGCAAAUUAAUCAGCGACUGCUCUUCGUCCCCUAGCUCAAUCAACUUAUUAUUGCCAUGAGGAUGCCACCAGCGGAGCGUGGAAAGCGUUCAAAACCCAAGGCAAAUGAUCCUAAUAAGAGGGCGAUGAGUCUGGAGGAGAAGCAUAAACUAGGAAUAGUUUUGCAGAAAUUGCCGGAGAAGAUACUACAGCUGGUUGUGCAAAUAGCAGAGAAGACGAACGGCCAUUUGAGGCGGGAUGGAGAUUUCAUUGAGCUCAACCUUGAAACUCUUGAUACCGAGACUCUGUGGGAGCUUGAUCGAUUUGUCUCCAAAUUGAAAAAAUUGGUGAGAAAGAUUAGGCGGCGUCGAGCAUUAAUGGGUGGCAACACUGCUUCAAUUGAUGUAGUAAGUGAAGGCAUCAGGAUGUUAACAGUGCAGGACAAUAAUGUCAAAAGUUAAAUAGUUCCAACAAGUAUUGAUUUCUCUUAUGAAAGGACAAUGUUAAUAGUUCAGUCUCAUUUUUAAGUUGUAUUGAUUUCUCUUUGACCCUUCUUGGUAGAUUCAUUGAGUUAGUACCAUUUUUAUUGUAUGAAUGAACGAGAAGCUUUCAAUCCAAGUCUCGUUCUUUUCACGAUUUACAAUUUUCUUGUGUCAAAGUAUUAUCGUUAUAACAAAAGGGCAUGUUUGAU